UGGAAAACGUAAACAAAAAAUGGUGACGUACAUAUUUGCACGGUUUCUUAUGGGAGCUUGUUCAAAUGUAGUACCUAGUAAAAACUUUUUCGCCAUACACGAAAGGCACGCAUAUAAAAUAUGGAUUUCCAUAUCUCAGUAUCUAUUCUCAUUGGAUGUUAAGCAUUUCCAAUUUCGACGUACGUUAUUUUGUGUUGAUGUUGGCUACGCUAAAAAUGAGCACUUAGCAAGGGCCUGUGUAAACAAGUUCAGCCUCGACAGUGUCACAUGAGAAGGCCUAUUGUCGUCGUCGGUGUAAAAAUAUAGAUGGAUUUGGCAUGUACCCGAUUUCGUCGAGUGAUCAUUAAAACAUCGGAACUGUCAAUUUUUUAUGGCAGUCAAGUUCAACAAAUUUUGUUCUGGUGUUGCCUGACGUUGGUCUCGGAUCGCACGUUAAACGUUUUGCAUCGAAGUCCUCCAGAUUCUGAUUUCCUGCAGAGACUUUCUUAGAAUUGCCAUCAUGAAUCUAUCUCCAGAUGCAAAGGAUCGUUUGGGGGUGGUGUUUGAGGUGGUGAAAACUGCAUUCCACUGGGGUUUCAUUCCGACCGUGUUGUAUCUCGGUUUCUCGAAAGGAUCGGAAACCGGAAUGCCUCCAUUGACCGUGAUGAGUUUGCUUUGGCAAUAGAUUUAGCUAUGGUGAUGUAAUAAAAAAAUGGAAAAA